AACAAAGGCCUCUCUCUCUCUCUCUCUCUACUUGUCAACCAGUCUAAAAAACUCGCGCUAGCCUCAUAUACUCUCUCUCUCUCUCUCUCUCUCUCUCUCUCUCUCUUUAUUUCUGUCCACCAGUUGACACCUAACCUUUAUGCUAGUCUAGAGAGAGAGAGGACUCUAUACGUACAGAUACACAUUUAUACGUAGAGUGAGAGGGAGGGAGAGAAGAGAGAUCGGAGAUGGCGCAGAGGAAGUUUCUGAUCGAGGUGGAGCCGGCUAAGGAGGCCAAGGACGGGAGGCCGUCGAUCGGGCCUGUGUACCGAAGUGUGUUCGCCAAGGACGGUUUUCCGGCGCCGAUCAUAGGCAUGGAUAGCUGCUGGGACAUUUUCCGAAUGUCUGUAGAGAAGUAUCCUGAUAAUCGGAUGCUUGGUCGCCGGGAGGUUGUGAAUGGGAAGCCUGGCAAAUACGUGUGGCUUACUUACAAAGAAGUGUAUGACUUAGUAAUAAAAGUUGGAAAUUCAAUUCGCAGCCGUGGUGUUGAGGAAGGAGGACGAUGCGGUAUAUUUGGUGCCAAUUGCCCCGAGUGGAUUAUGAGCAUGGAGGCAUGCAAUGCUCAUGGACUUCAUUGUGUUCCUUUAUAUGACACCCUUGGUGCUGGUGCCGUGGAAUUCAUCAUAUGCCAUGCAGAGGUCACAAUUGCUUUUGUGGAAGAAAAAAAGAUUCCUGAGGUGCUGAAAACAUUGCCCAACACAACACAGUACUUGAGGACAAUUGUGAGCUUUGGCAAGGUUACUCCUGAACAAAAGGAGGAAGUUCGAAAUUUUGGUUUGGCUAUAUAUUCCUGGGAUGAAUUUUUGUUAUUGGGAGAUAAUAAUCAGCAUGAUCUUCCAGUAAAGAAGAAAAGUGACAUUUGUACAAUAAUGUAUACUAGUGGCACAACUGGUGACCCGAAGGGUGUUAUGAUAUCGAAUAACAGCAUUGUUGCUCUUAUAGCCGGGGUGAAGCGCCUGCUAGAGACCGCCAAUGAAGCAUUGCAUGUUGAGGAUGUAUAUCUUUCUUAUCUUCCUCUGGCGCAUAUCUUUGAUCGGGUGAUUGAAGAGUGUUUUAUCAACCAUGGAGCCUCAAUAGGAUUCUGGCGUGGGGAUGUUAAAUUAUUGAUUGAAGAUAUUGGAGAGCUGAAACCUAGUGUUUUCUGUGCUGUUCCCCGAGUAUUGGAUAGAAUUUAUACAGGUUUGCAACAGAAACUUUCAUCUGGAGGUUUCUUAAAGAAGUCUAUGUUUGGCUUUGCAUACUCAUACAAGCUACAUAACAUGAAGAAGGGGAAUAAACAUGAAGAUGCUUCUCCACUGUGUGACAAAAUUGUAUUCAGUAAGGUAAAGGAAGGGCUAGGGGGAAAUGUACGAAUAAUUUUAUCAGGAGCAGCACCUCUUGCUACCCAUGUAGAAGCUUUUCUACGAGUAGUGGCAUGCUGUCAUGUUCUUCAAGGAUAUGGUCUCACUGAAUCCUGUGCGGGAACAUUUGUCUCACUACCAAACGAGCUGGAUAUGCUUGGUACAGUGGGUCCCCCAGUACCCAAUGUGGAUGUGUGUCUAGAAUCUGUUCCUGAAAUGCAAUAUGAUGCCUGUUCAAGCACACCUCGUGGUGAAAUAUGUAUAAGGGGUGAGACCUUGUUCGCAGGGUACUAUAAACGUGAAGACCUAACCAAGGAGGUCCUGGUGGAUGGAUGGUUCCAUACAGGUGAUGUUGGCGAGUGGCAACCAGAUGGGAGCAUGAAAAUUAUUGACCGGAAGAAGAACAUUUUCAAGCUCUCACAAGGAGAAUAUGUCGCAGUUGAAAACUUGGAGAAUAUUUAUGGCCUCGUUCCUGAUAUUGAUUCAAUAUGGGUUUAUGGGAACAGCUUUGAGUCUUUCCUUGUUGCUGUUGUUAACCCAAAUAAGUAUGCACUCGAACGUUGGGCUGAAGAAAAAGGUGUAACCGGGGAUUUCAAUUCUCUUUGUGAAAAUCCCAAGGCAAAAGAAUACAUAAUUGGAGAGCUCUCAAGAGUUGGAAAAGAAAAGAAGUUGAAAGGCUUUGAGUUUAUAAAAGCUGUUCAUUUGGACCCUGAGCCAUUCGACAUGGAUCGCGACCUUCUCACACCAACAUUCAAGAAAAAGAGGCCCCAGUUACAGAAAUACUAUCAGCGCAUCAUUGACAACAUGUACAAGAGUUUGAAGUAAGCCAAAUGCAUGAAGAUGGUAUCUUCCGAGUUAACAGCGCUAAAAGUUCUUUCAUUUCCGUGGUACCAUUGCCAACUUUUAUCUGUCUUUUGGAGCCCUCUUUGUACUUGUGACUGUACAUAAGGUUAAUUAUAUACCUGAUGAUUAGCAUAAUUUGUGGAAUGUUGAGCCUUGGAAACAACCAAAGUGAUCGUAUUUAAAUGAUAAAAGAGGGAGGCAAGAUGAGAGGUCCUCCUAUGGUUUUUGUUUU